ACGUGCAUGCGCACUCAUUGCCAUUGCUUGUAUUGUGCAAACAUGCCAUUAUGUGCUUUUCUCAUCAAACCAGUCCCUCUCUCAACAAGUCCAAGAAAGUGACAUCUGACUAACAAGACAACAAAGGGGUGCCAAAGAGGUGGAACUCAAAAGAUGAAAACGAAUUAACGAAACCAAACAAAGGUCUGGAGGAGGGGAGAACGCUUUAAAAAGCCCCGCACACCCUGAGCACUGAGCUCUGCUGUCAUCCUUGGUGGCGUACACACCUAAAAGAGAGUCUUGCGUGCGUGUACAGGCUUGACUGUGAGGAUUAUGGCCCCCUCGGUGAGCGGCAGUGGCCUUCCCAGUGGCUGUCAGGUGUUCACCACCAUGCCCGACAUCCUCUUCAUCCUGGAGUUCAUAUUUGGUGGGCUGGUGUGGACGCUGGUGGCCUCCACCCAGGUAAAUCCAGCCAACCCUCAGGGCUGGGUGAUGUUCGUCGCAAUCUUCUGUUUCGUCUUCACCACCAUCUUCUUCCUCAUUUAUAUCUGUGGAGCGAACCAGAGCUCUGUCUGGUCUGGCCUGGACGUCGGGUAUCAUUUAAUUGCAGUGAUAUUCCAGCUGGGUUCAGCAGUAGCGCUGGCCAUAGCCACCCAGGACGUUAAGGCAUUAUAUGACUUAAACCUCGCCACGUUCAAAAGCUACCAGGAAGACAUUGCUGCUGUGGUCAUGGCGUACUUGUGUACGCUGACAUACUUCAUCCACGCCGUCUUCUCCAUUAUCCGCUUCAGAUCCUCCUGAAGAUGCCAAACCACUCGCCAAAAAUGAAAAGUAAAUAGCAAGACUUGCUGACUAUACCAAUAACCCAUCCUCCACCGAACCCUGUCCACUCCAGCUUUUAGAGCAGAGCUAGCUAUAGAAAGAAUCAGAGGCUGACGUUCCCCAAAUUCAACUCUUGGCCCUUUGCAAACCUGUGAGAAGUAACCCACAUGUGCUUUCCUCUGAAGGAGCAUGCCGUCACAGUGUGAGAACUGUGCUGUUAGUCUCCAGGACUGGGGGGAGUUUGAGGAAAACUUCUGCCAUACUUUUGAUUUUUGAUUGAUGAAGUCUGUAAAUAUGGCUUUAUAUUUUGACAGUUCACAUGUUCCAUAUACAGUUGAAACCACUAGUGUUUUGUGUGUCUGUAGAAACUAUAUACUGAAUAAAUAUAUUUUGUACGUUUA